ACUUCUUGUUGCAUUACAUCUGGGCACUUUUGGAAGGAAUGUAACUCAUAAAAGCGAGCUAAUACUCGCAAAAAUUAACUGUUCGAGAUACAAUUAUGGGGACAAUUCUAGUCGACAGCCCGUUUUACCUUACGCCCGUUGCGCAACACGACGCGCCAUUACAAGACUCGCCUACUUUUCUCUCCUCAGAAAGCAGAGCCAUUGACAUAUUGUACCGUAAGGUGGAUGAAAAAUACCGCAUAUCUUACCGGGCAGACCAAGUGAAAACCGCUCAAGAACUCUGCGAUAUACUUGAGCGAACGCUAGUAAGUAGUACGACGCCAAUGCCUGGGACACACUCCCUGGAUCGUAUUUACUGCGAGAACAACUGGCCGUUUGCACGAAGCGUUCUGUGCAGAAGAUUCGUCAAAGGCCUUUUUAACAGCCCAAGCGCUCAGCCUCAGCCUCAGCCUCAGCCUCUCCCUCUGAAAGCUCAGGAGGAUCGGGCGUUGAUGAACUUCCAGAUGUUUCUCAAUAGCUCAGCUAGACGGAAGGAGCUGGAGUUUUCGUACUUUGGCUUGGGGUGCACUUCGAACAGUGUUGUGAUGUUGGGGAAACAACGGCUUCUGUACCUCUUUGGAUUUGACUGGGUUGCGGUGCCUCAGGGAUCGGAUGACCAGAAUGCUCAUCUGAAGAUACUCAAGACUGCUUCAGGGAAAAAGUUCAUCGUACGACGGAGAACAUGUGUCGCAAGUAUCUUAAAGAUGAAGACGACAGAAGCCUUGACAAAAACGCCAUUUUUCCCAUCAUCUUGGGCUUCAGACACCACGCUACUUCACCGCCGAACCCUCAUUUUGUUCAACGAGUUCCACUCCUCCAGCGAUGGAAUAGCGUUCCAGAACUGGCUUACAGACCCCGAGCUGUGGCAUGUCUCCAGCGACUCAAACACAUGCGAGGAUAACGAGGCAACAGCAGCUCUGUUCACCUAUCGGCUUACCUGCAAGAUCUGGGAGAGAGUGGUGCAAGACUGGAAAAACGUUAUCGAUCGAUGUUCGGAACAUAUACGUGCCUCCGAGCUUAGAGUCCUCGACAAGGAUAUCGAUAUCGACAGUCUCCAAGAACUCGCGCAGGACACAUGGCGAGAUACACUCGAUUGGUCGACGCUGUGCCAACUGAUGGUCAUCCAAAGGAGAUGUAUAUUGGACGCGCAAGAUUACUUAAAUCAGCUUUCCAAAGCAGCAGGCGCUCAAACGACAUCCGAAGAGGCAAAUUUGGCUAGGUUUGUCGAAGACCUGGAAGAGAUGAAGAUCAUCCUGUCGGAAAACUUUCCGAAGCGUGGACAGAGUAUUUCGGAUCUGGUGUUCAACAUCAUCGGCGUACGCAAUGCGCAGGCCGCAGAACGUUACAGCAAGGAAGUAGGCGCUGUGACUUGGAUUACGUUUAUAUUCUUCCCGCUGAUCGCCGUAUCGGGUAUGUUCGGGAUGAAUGUCGAUCUGUUAGCUGACAAUCCGCCGAUCAAAUGGUACUUCAUCAUUGCGAUUCCUGCUACGUCUCUGGUUCUCAUUGUUGCGAUUUUGAUCCGAAGCAGGAAAUGGAUCAGGAUGAGGUUGAGUAGACCGAGAAGGAAGGUUACCAAGGGGAGUGGGUAAACCUGAACAAACUCCAAGCGAUAUGCUUGGUUGAGAAGCGGUUUAUGGCAAGGUAUGAGUAAGAGUGCUUCAGUCAUAAGAUUUUGUAG